GAUAUGCAAUUCUAAUCAGAGAAAUUCGCGUAUAAGACGGCUUGAAGCGCGCCAUGAGCAUAUCUGUUGGUACAGGCAUCAAUACUCCAGUCUCAACUGAUUUUCCCCCUUCUUUUCGCAAUGCGUACUUCGUUGUAUUUGGCGGCGCUUGCCGCUCCCACCACACUGGCUUUCCCUUGGAUGAAGCCGGAAGGUCUUGACGCACUGAUGAGCCAUCCCGAAGCGCAAGCAGAAAUCCGAAGGCGCCUCGAAGGACGUGAGCAUGCUAAAGAAGAGCCUCGUCAGCUUGGGACGAGCUUGGUUCCAGGUGUUGUUCAGCUGCUUGGGGGGACCCUACAAGCUGUUCUGGACUCAACACUAGGGCUCAUCCCCACGGACAAGUCUGUAAACGGAUUGAAGAAGUUUCCUGAAGCAAACUAUCCCUUCAAAGCACCCGGUUCCACCGAUCAACGCGGUCCGUGUCCCGGCCUGAAUACUCUCGCAAAUCACGGUUACAUACCCCGCAAUGGCAUUGCCACUGUUGGUCAAAUCCAAGCCGGUACCGAACAGCUCUUCAACAUGGGCGCGGACCUCAGCGCACUUCUCGCAGUUGGAGGUGCGGUGGAUGGCGGUGAUAUUGUCUCCACCAAGAUGAGCAUAGGAGGACCAGAUUCGCGCGUAGGCGUACUCAACGGCAAAUUGAACAACGUGCUGGGAACACCAUCUGGUAUCGCUGGACACGGCAAAUUCAAUGAAGGUGAUGCCUCUGCUACCCGCGAGGACUUCUACCUCAACGGAGACAACAUCUCCUUCAAGCCCGAGUUGUUCAAACAGUUACAUCAACAAGCCCUCGCAAAGGGUGAUGGAACAUACAGCGUUGCCGCCGUCAAAGAGCACUUCAAAAACCGAUACGCAGCCUCCAAGGCGGCGAACUCGCAAUUUUACUUCAACCUGCCCUCAGCGGGUGUGGUCAUGGGCGCAUACUACUUCAUUCCCGGCUUCUUCUCGAACGGCACAAUCGGCGACGGCGGCGUUGCGAACGAGGAAUCCAUCACCAGUUUCUACGGUGCGAAAUCAACGAGCGGAACAUGGGAUGAUCCUAAUCGCACAUACGUCCACGUUCCCGAGCGCAUCCCUGAGAAAGGCUGGUAUCGUCGCAAGACACCCAUGACGAUUGCCGAGGCUGUUGGUGGUAUUCUCGACGUCUACCUAUACGCAACCCCUGCGAUGGGUGGCUCUGGCGCUGACCAGUCAUGGGUUGUUGGGCCUGCCAAUAUUCCUAACAAUCCCCAGGCGCUGAGUUGUUUCCUGUACAACGCAGUCUAUGCGAACUUCCCAUCCGAGUUGUUCAACACUGUUUCUUUGGCGUUGAUCGUGGCAAACUUCGUAAGCGAUAAGUUGGCACCAGGGUACAAGGCAUUGGGGUGCCAAAUCAAUUUCCCUGAUGCAAGCGGAUCCAACUCAGACAAGUACAACCAGUGGGCGAAAACGUAUGUUGGUGAUGCGAAGACAAAAGCCGUCGGGAGUGGGUGGUACAAAAAAUGAUUGGGAUAGUGUACAAGCAAUUGGGUUGGGAUAGAUCUAGAUAAUACAACAUUCACAGAGUCAGCUAUCCCUUAUAAGAGAUUGCUAGAUGCUCCAUAAGGAGAAAGUCGCUCACUGAAGAAUAACUACAUAUGUUUCUACUCUAGGUCGAAUACAAGGU